CCAAAUCCGAGCCCUCACCUCCCCCCUCCUCUGUAUUCUGUCUCGGCUCUCUCCAUAGGAGGCUAGGGUUUCACGCCGCAGCCGUCGUCGCCUGCCUCCCACGUCCUACUGCCGCGGCCUCCCGCACCCGCACCCGCACCCGACGCCGUUUACGUCCUCCGCCGCUCGCCGCCGGCAACGUCUACCGAGCUCCUACGCCAGCAGAUCGACGCCGCCCAUCUCGACCUGGGCCGCCGCCUCGCCGCUGUCCAGAUCGUCUUCGGCCUCCAACUCUCCUCCGCCCAGGUCGACCACAGCCUCCAGCUCGCCGCCGACUAACCAUAUCUUUCGCUCGAUCGAGAUGCUGCACGAGAAGCCCGUCAGGUAUGGUCCACCCGGCUGUGAUGAAGAUGACAUGAACAUGGAGUUCAAGAGUGACAAGAGGCGCCGCAAGCACCUAACCCAAACAUCAUCUUCCGAUGCCCCUAUUGCCACUGCCCACGGUUAUCAAGCCCCGGUUUCUUCUGCGCUUUGCCGUUCGGACUCUGGCGAGGCUGCCAAGGAUCACGAGGGCCCGAUUUCAGACAUGUCAAUCGUCCAAGCGCAAGAUCAUGCGCUGCUUCCGAUAAUGGACUCGGGAGAAGAAGAAGAAGAACCCCAGGAGCUUUUCGGGCCUCAUGUAAUUCUCAGCGAGGAAGACCAGGCCAGUUAUACAGAAAAGUUGCUUCCCAAUAUUCGUCCUCCUAUCAGCGUGACGGAUACGAUGAGUUGGAUGGACAACUUCAAGUUACAAGUGCGCCAGGGGCGCAUUCGUCUCGCUUAUUACAAGGCUAUGAACCAGGAAUCUGGAUGCAAGUUUAAGGAACCAAAAGCAUACUCUGAGGAGGAAAUUGUCGACCAUGGGCACUUUAAGCAUUUAUAGGAUGAUGAAUGUUUUGAGUGGUUCUUCCAUACUGACGAUAGCUGGAUCCCUGAUUUGGAAGACUAUCAAAGGAUUGUCCUUAGAAAUUUUAUGCCUGAUAGAAUGCAAGCAGAGUACCUCGAUGUCGAUCGCUACCGUGAGCUUUAUCAUACAUAUGAAAUGGAUGCUGUGUAUGUCCAGUACUAUGGAGAAAUAUCAAAGAAAAUCAAGUGGAUUGAAGAUUUUUUGCAUAUGGAUACCAGUUCUGCGGAGUGGAGAAACAUGCAAACUAUAGGAUGGAGGCAAGCCUUGAGGAUUGCAACAGAGUUCCCCCAUAUGACUGUUCGUUUAGCUGCUUUUGCAUAUAGUGAGUACAUCUUGGAGUUGCGCAAGGAUGCGUCGAUCAAGGACCUAGAUCUUGUCUAUUUUGAGAUUUGGAGACUUGUCAUUAAGGAUAAGAGAAAUUAUAUGGAUGCUGUGAGGGAAGUAUAUGGAAUGGACAAGUUCCAUAUACACAAACGGGUAAUGGAGGCUGAACUGAAUUCGUAUCCUGUCUUCUGGACAAUGAAACAAAGGAUUUACUGGAUCACCAACGAGCAUGGCAUUGAUUUUAAUACUGAAGAUAAUGAAGCUCGGGAUUUGUUCCGGAAAGGAGUUGCUAGGUUUAAAAUAAAGAACAUGGCAAAUUAUGCUAAGAAAAAGAUGGAGAUCGGGGAGUGGUUGAAUUUGCAACAAGUGGUAAAUCUUCAGAUUGAGGUUCCAGGACCUGGAAGGAAACACUGGAGCAUCUGAAGUCAGUCUAUGUGUUAGGUCAGUUAUCGUGACUGCGAUGGAAGCUACCCUGAAGAUCUAAUGGCUGACAAACCACCAUACUGUUUGACCGGACGAGGGUUUAUUCUUGUAAUAGACGCGAUUACUAAAUGGCUGAAGUCGCAAAACCGUCGCUUUGUUAGUAAAAUAUCUCAAGAAUUUGAACUUGAAGAUCCUGACAAUGAUCCUCUUCUUGACGCGCUUCCUUUCCUUGAGUUUCACGGAACAGAAGCACGUGACGGCAUUGAUCAGGUCAAGGAAGGAUUGUCGCGGCUCUACCCUUACUUAUUCCCGAAGAAAAAGGAACCCGCGACUUUUCUUGCUCUUGCCAAAGACUUUAAUCCGCCAGAAGAUCUUGGACUGAAGCUGCGCUAAGAAAAUAUGAAGGUUGCCGUUGAAAGUACUGUCGCCCUAGUUGCUGACAGCUAGCAAAAUAUUAACUGGACCAAAGUUGGCGACACACAGGAGAUGGAGACCAUGAAGUGGCGAUCGCUGAUCAAGGCUGCGAAGCCCAACACAAAGAAGAUCCUUGCUUAUCUUGGAUUCAAGCCCACUCCUGCUCCUAGCUCGUCGAAGCCGGAGGUCUAGUAGAAUGCCCUUAUCUUUUUCUGUUUUUAUUUCUACUGCGUCUUUUGAUGUUGUCGUCGCAGUAGCUUUGGCGACAACCGUCGUAGUAAUUCUUUUGAAAAACUCCCUCUGUAAUAUCUGUGUAAAUUUCCUGAAGAUCAAUGGAAUUCUAU